AUGUACAAGGCUAAUAAAAGGGGCCAUUGUAUAAGGGAAAUUUCUGUCAUUUCAGGUGAGGCUCUGCCGCUCGACGUCUUAUUCUCGAAAGUAUACGCGCCGGAUAUUGACAUAGUAGAGUUCCGACGACACAAACGCAAGAGCUUCAGCCUAUCCAAGGCUCAUUUGCAUCUAAAAGACAAUCUGCCUCAGACGCUAGUCAUCUAUGUCCCCGGCUGGUGGAACACUCCAACCGACGAGUCCUCCAAGACAUUGGUCAAAGCUCUACUUAACAAGAACCCGCUUGUCUUAGUCCUGGAUACGAGACUUAUCUUCUGCAAAGGCUACGUUGCUUCCACAACCGGCGUCAAUGGUCUAGCUCACCGUUUGUACAAGUUUAUAAAGAAUAUGAACAACGAUGGGCUUCCACUGUCAUCAGUACACUUAAUAGGUUUCAGUUUAGGGGCUCACGUGGUGGCGAUAACAGGGAAGUUAGUCCAAAAACAUUUGCAUCGGAAAUUAGAAAAGAUUACUGCUCUUGAUCCUGCACGGCCGUGUUUUUCCCGCCAAUCACAGUAUAGACUCGAAAAAAGCGACGCUAAGUUUGUUCUAGUAAUUCACACCAAUCCUGGAGUGCUAGGUUUGGAGCAACCGCUGGGUCAUGUAGACGUAUAUGCCAAUGGGGUGUUAACGAAGCAGCCUGAGUGUCAAGAUAGGGGUAUCUCUUUGCAAUGCGACCACGCACAAGCCUGGCGUUUGUUUUCCGCCUCCGUAAUAAAUGAUCACGUGUUGGUUGGGCGACGUUGUAAGACUUGGGAGGAGCUGAACAGCGGACAGUGCAGCGGGAAUGAAACUGUGGUCGGGUACUCCUGUGACCCGCGUACCCAGGGCCUAUUUUUGUACAAAUCCCCUGUGGAGAAGAAGGAACCGGAGUUAAGAGUAUUUAAUCCACUGGAUUUGUUAACAUGGUGGUUCCAAUAA